AAUAUGGCCAAUGGCAUUGAAGAUCUUAUCGGGAUCCCAUUCCCGAACCACAGCAGCGAGGUGUUGUGUGGUCUGAACGAGCAGCGGCACGACGGGCUCCUCUGCGAUGUCAUCCUCAUCGUGCAGGACCAGGAGUACCGCACCCACCGCUCCGUCCUGGCUGCCUGCAGCAAGUACUUCAAAAAACUCUUCACUACCGGCACUUUAACAGACCAGCCCUAUGUUUACGAGAUUGACUUUGUCAAGCCUGAAGCACUUUCUGCCAUCCUCGAGUUCGCCUACACCUCAACGCUCACCAUCACCACCUCAAACGUCAAGCACAUCCUCAGCGCUGCCAAGAUGCUGGAGAUCCAGAGCAUUAUCAAUGUAUGCCUUGAAAUCAUGGAGCCCGACAGAGAGGCCGAAGAGGAAGAUGACAAAGAGGACGAAGAUGAUGACGAAGAUGAAGACGAAGAUGAGGAGGAAGAGGAGGAGGAGGAAGUGGAAGAUUUCGUCAAUCAGGAGAAUCUAACCGAUGUACAAGAAGUAAGCUGCCACCAAAGCCCUUCUGAGUCUGAUCUUACCGAAGAAGCAUAUCCAGAAGCACCUAAAGAUUUUCCAAAUCACUUCCCAGCCAGUAACUCCUCUGGACACCUGGGCAUGAUACGAGACUUCUCCAUCGAGUCCUUGUUAAGUGAAAACCUGUACCCUAAGGCAAACAUCCCGGAAAGAAGGCCAGCUCUCUCUCCCUUCACCCCCAGCUUCUUCCCCCAUCUAUGGAACGGAGACUUUAGCUCCUUCUCCCAGCUGGAGGAACCACAAGUAGACAACGGCCCCUUGGAUCUGGUGAUCAAAAAGAGGAAGAUCAAGGAAGAGGAAGAGAAGGAAGACCUGCCUCCGCCUCCUUUCCCUAAUGACUUCUUCAAGGACAUGUUUGCCAACACCGCAGCAGCUCCCUUAGGGCAUAUUAAGGCAGAGACUGACUAUAGCGCUUAUCUGAAUUUCUUAAGCGCUACCCAGUUCGGAGGAGUUUUUCCUCCAUGGCCCCUGGAGGAAGAGAGGAAAAUAAAGCCCAAGGCAUCCCAGCAGUGCCCCAUCUGCAACAAAGUCAUCAUGGGAGCCGGCAAGCUGCCCAGGCACAUGAGGACCCACACGGGGGAGAAGCCCUAUAUGUGCAAUAUCUGUGAAGUUCGCUUUACCAGGCAGGACAAGCUCAAGAUCCACAUGCGGAAGCACACGGGGGAGCGGCCGUACCUGUGCAUCCACUGCAACGCCAAGUUCGUGCACAACUACGACCUGAAGAACCACAUGCGCAUCCACACGGGCAUCCGGCCCUACCAGUGCGAGUUCUGCUACAAGAGCUUCACCCGCUCCGACCACCUGCACCGCCACAUCAAGCGGCAGAGCUGCCGGAUUGCGCGGCCCCGGCGCGGCCGCAAGCCGGCGGCGUGGCGGGCGGCCGGCCUGCUCUUCGCCCCCGGCAGCCCGCCCGUGGAGAGCGGCUUCGUGAUGCCGCCCACGCUGGAGGAGAUGAGCGGCCACCUCGGCAGCACGGCCAUGUGCCUUCCCGGCCCCAGCCCCAAGCACUUCUUGAGCGGGGCCAAGGCCUCCUUCAGCCUGCAGGAGCUGGAGAGCCAGUUCGAGGAGACCCAGAGGAAGCUCUUCAGGCGGGCCCAGAUGGACAUGGAGAGGAACGCGGGGAUCUUCGCCUUCGCCCUGGGCCACAAUGAAAACCUCGCUGCCCAGCCCUUCUUCCCGCUCCCCGACCCUUGGAGCACAGGCUUCAGUGGCCUGGCAGGGCUGGGCCACGUGGCUCCCAUCUCAGAGGCAAGCAACUAAACCUGCUCCCGGUCCCACCAUGCGCCUGCUCUCUUCCCAGCAAGGCAGCCAGCUCCCUCGGGGCCCCCACCUGCCCUUUUGCGUCACUGGACUCCCAAUAAACUCUUUGUCCCCUUGCUGACAUGGGGCUUGGGGCACUGGGUUGUCCCUGGGGAGAGUAAGGAGUGGGUAGGUGCUGUGCCCCCUGGCCACUGGCACUUUAGACUCUGGAUGCACUUGGCUUUGGGGCCAUCAGGCACUCGCUGUCCCACCCAGCCACCCACCACUCAUGGCUCCAUCUGGGAAGGCCAGGCCAGGACUGCUGCUCUCUUCAACACUCCCGAAAAUGUCACUUGCCUUAGUCCAGGGCACAGCCAUCACUUUGAGAUGGCUCUUCUGGGGGAAAUACUCCCCAUUUUCCACCUGCAGAGCCCACUGGACACCAACAAGCCGUCCAGACUUGGUUUUGUUCUGUUACAUUCCUUGGCCCUUUUGGUCAAAAGGACUUUUCUCUUUUUGAUUUUUUUUGGUAUUCUUUUUUUGAUUUUGUUUUUGUUUGUUUCUUUGGUUCUAUUUGGAUUUUUUUGUUUUUUAAUUAAUUCCCAUGUCUGGCAGCAAUAUUUAUCCUACAAGGGAUAAAGGGGAGGGUCAAGCAGCCAUGUUGGGAGAGGGAGGAUCCUGGCCUUUGACUUUCUCAGCAGUAUAUCGGAUUUAUAGGGCUGGUGAAAGCCCUUGAUCUGCAGCAUGAGUUGGGACCCUAAAAACAUGAAAAAAAAAAAAAAAAGGAGAUAAAAAAUCACCCAGCUGCAAAGCUGGGUGUAAAAGGGGGAUUUACUUAUUUUGGUUCUUUAGCUAUUUCAAAAUUUCAAAAGGAGAACCAAAGCCUAUUUUGAGUAUUUUAACUUCAGUUGUUUGAAAAGGUGAAGGAAAAGUUUUGGAAGAAUCAGAAAUGUUUCAAUAUUGAGCUUUCAUUAAACCCUUGCUUUGCGAAAAUGAACCACGUGGGAAUUUCGAAAUGAAAAAGUCGUUUCAAACCAAAGAGUCAGAAUUCGCCGCCACUGACCAUUCUGAAAAGUCUGGGGUUCUGUCCUUAGUUCCCUUGAAUUCCUAUAUAUAUAUAUUUUGAUGACAAAAAAUUACAAAACACACUCAUGUGUGUUGAUGGGAAAAAAUUGAGUGUGGAAAUAUCCCUGCUGCUUGUCUCAAGGGAUCUUUGUGAAAAAGAAGUUCACUAAAGGUGUCUUGGUGGUUAUAUUGUCUACUUGCCAGCAAGCAGAAAUGCUAUUUCCUCACUCUUUGUUAGCUCAAAAGAUAAGAGGGUAACAUAUUUAGGGUGCUCCAAGCUGAAGGUGACCAACAGGUUUGGGGUGUCUCCCUAGCAUCCCUGCAGACCCCAUCUUGGCUACUCCAUCUAAGGGUUCUUUUGAGGCCAAAAGAGCAGCAGAUUGGCUGGAAUUGCCCUGUCAGCCUCCUUCAGCUCUGGAACCAUGAGCUACUCUGAUGGAUAAAGGGUUUUGGUGAACAUCUGCCUCCCAUGGCUCCUCUUAGAUGAGCCAUGGGAGGGAGAUGUGGUGGGACCCCAGUUUCAGCAUUGGCUGACAUGUCUUGCAGUGAGCGUCCCAGGAAGCUGGUUUUACAUGAAACCGGCACUUGAAUAUGUAAAUGGUACAAACUGGGGCUUUUUUAUUUCUCUUUUUACUGUUACCUUUCAACGUCAGCAAAAUCAAAGGGAAUGAGAGGACCGCGGGUUCGUGAAUUUUUUGGUUUGUCCAUCAGUGAAGUGGUGGCUGGAUGAGAACCUCCCCACCAGAGCAUGGAGGGGGACACACGGGAUCUGGGUUCUGCCCCCAUGAGGGUUUGAAGGACUUCUGCUCUGAGACCACCCGUAGCAGAAUGAUCCCAAGGAACUGCCCAGCACUCGCUUCCUCCUCCACAAAAGAAAUCCACAGAGACUCCACGUGCAACGAAAGUCAACGGAGAGAAAAAGAGAAGAAGAAAAAAAAAAUCUUCUUAAAACUGCAACAAACUUUUUCUUUUUAAUCCAUAUCAAGUUCUUACAACAAGCAACAUUUUGCAGAUGACUGGUUCCUUCAGGUGUUUUUUUGUCUACUAUUCGGAGUCAUUGUAAAAUAUCCAAAGAUGCUGAGUACUGUAUAAUCUGCAAGGACUUGAAGCAAGGUGUUUUUUCUGUCUCGGUUUGUUUGUUAGGUUGGUUGGGUUCUUUUUUUCUUUUUUUUUUUUUUUUUCCUAUUUGUCUAAGUGGGGAUAAACCUUUGCAAUUUUUCUAUUUAUAACUAUUUUUAUGUGAUUGCUUUAUGUACAAAACAACGGAAAAAAAUCAAAACAAAAAAGUAGAGAGAAACACACACGCAUACACACACACACACACACAGACAAAGAAAUUUGCCUUAGUUACUCACGGGACAAUCACCCUUAACUUUGAUCGAUGCUAAAAAGUGGAUGGGAAAAAAAAAAAAAAAGAGAGACUAGAUUCUUUUAUGUAUUUAUUAAACUGUAUUAAUUGAUGCUUUUAAAUUAUUAGCAGGACUUGAUUCUCUUGCCUGUGGCCACGAUGAGAAGGCAAAGCCGCUGCAGUUGCUGACCCGCGUGGCCUCAGCUUUUCGGAUGUUUGCCCGGCACACAGAUCUGUGCUUUCCAAAGGCACCUUUUGGAAAGCCGAAACAAUCACUUCUGAAUGAAGCAUCGAGCUGGUACGGGCUCCACCCCGAGGGGCCGUGGGCGUUGUGAUGCUGGUGAUGAUUGCGGAGUUAAGGUUGAUUUUCCCGCGUUGGCGCUGGGUUGGGUAGGGUUGGAGGGACCUGAGUGCUGGCAGUGAUUGUGUUUUGGGGGGGAGAGGGAGGAUUAGAGAAAACCCUAUUUCUUCCCAUCUUGAUGUUGUGUGGUGAGUCCAGGCCACAGGUAUCCACAUGUGAGCCCAGCUAAGCGUGGAGGUUGCCUUCCUGGGGCUCUGCUUCCUUUUCACAGCCAGGAUGGGUGUGCUGAACAGCAGCUUUGGGCUGGAGGGUCUCGGGGCUCUGUCCCAGCUCAAGGUGUGGUGGCUUCUUAUUCAUCUCACCAGGCUCCAGAGGCCUGGCUGCAGCAGGGACUGAUGACCAGUGGACUGAUCCCACAGCAUGGGCAGCAGG